UCUAUCUCGACCGCUGAAAUUUCUACAACACGGCCAUACAAUUUGACCUCCAGUGCUGAUUCUAUCUUUGGAGUCGAGUCGUAGAGCAAAACUCAGACAUCUCGGACUCAGUUGCCAGUUGACAUGAAGGGCGUGCACAGUUGCAGAGUAGCAACUAUGAGUACGCUACAUUUACAAAUUUGCCAUCACUCCGCUUCUCUCCCGAUUCGUUUACAUUUCUCGUUUAGUCUUCCCGGGCUGAAACACCACCAAUCACCUCUUCUUGGUUUCUCUCUUCCUCCAAGUCUACGUCGCAGCAGUGUCUCCUCCUCCUUUACCAACUCUCGUAUCGUUGGACCUGUAAAAGCCUCAGCAAUGGUGUCUACACCUUCGACAGAGACCAAAGCCUUCUCUGUUCUCUUUGUCUGUCUUGGCAAUAUCUGUAGAAGCCCAGCUGCGGAGGGUGUCUUCAGAGAUAUCGUCAAGAAACGGGGAAUCGAUUCCAAGUUCAACAUCGACUCUGCUGGAACGAUCAACUACCAUGAAGGCAACCUAGCGGAUCCUCGGAUGCGGUCAGCCUCUAAAAGGCGCGGGAUUGAGAUAAUGUCCAUCUCAAGGCCGAUACGGCCGUCUGAUUUCAGAGACUUCGACCUCAUCCUUGCUAUGGACAAGCAAAAUAGAGAGGAUAUACUGGAGGCAUUUAAUCGGUGGAAAUUCAAGGAACCACUUCCAGACAAUGCCCAUAAGAAGGUUAGAUUGAUGUGCUCUUACUGUAAGAAGCAUGAUGAAACCGAAGUUCCAGAUCCUUACUACGGGGGACCUCAAGGUUUUGAGAAGGUAUUGGAUUUACUCGAAGAUGCUUGUGAAUCAUUAUUAGACAGUAUCCUGGCAGAGAACAGUCAUAUAUCGGCUUCAUAGCUCUGACCAAAAAUUUAAGAGAGCCAUUACCGGCGGUUGGUUUCGGCUAUGUAGGGCCAUGGGAAGGAUAGACUGGUAUGGACCCAAAGAACUUGUGUAUCCAAUUCUAACUUGGGAGUCUCAAUACCGGUUUGGCCUAUUGGAACUCUUUGACGUUUUGAGUACACUAAUUUGGACCACUUGAAAGCCGUGAGCUGUGGUUUAUAUUUUAUUAACUCAAAAUGGAAAUCCAACUUUGGACUAUUUUUUUAAAUAUUCAAUGAUUCAUGUUGCAGACUUUGAUGUAGAGAAAGAAUGAACAACUGGAAAGCUACAAACUAUAAUUUCAUGUUUGAACUGAAGUCUUCAUACAA